AUGGGUCACUGGUAGGAGAACAGCAUGGCUGGGGUGUGGGGGAGACAGCUCUAUGGAGGAAUGGUGUGCUUCUGGCUGCUGUAUUACCCCUUUGUUCUGGCUCUGGGAGCCCUGGUGGAUCCUAGGGAGCUGGUCUGUAGCCAGAGAAGCCUGCAGUUCAUGCUGCCUCCUGGCCAGGCUGGGGAGGGCUCCCUGGCACUGACUGCUUGGGAUGUGGCUGGGAAGCUGCAUGCUCUGCAGAAUGACUCCAGCUGUGGGGUCUGGGUCUCCCAGGCUGCAGAUGGCUCCAGGACAGUUGGUGCCUCCUAUGGUGGCUGUUAUGUCUCUGAAUGGGUGAGUGACCUUCUGGCACCUGCCUUGGGUUCUGUGCUUGCUGCUCUGCCAGCCCUGAUGUCUGUGGGUCUCUCUCCCCAGGAUGGCGGUUACCUGAUGGUGGUUGGUGUUGAGGGGAUGGCUGCUGGUGGGCGCAGGGCCCUGCAUGAGGAGAAGGUGCUCAGGUGCCCCAGGAGCCUGCCAGCCCUGGAUGCUCCAAGCCCUGAUGUCUGUGCUGCCAUCCAGAGCCAGGACAGGCUGCCCUGUGCCUCCCCACCCAUUGCUCGUGGAGUCUGUGAAGAACAAGGCUGUUGUUACAACCCCAGUGAUAGGGUGAAGCCUUGUUACUAUGGCAACACAGUGACAGCACAGUGCACUCCAGAUGGCCAUUUCUCCCUCGUGGUCUCUCGGGCUGUGACUCUGCCCCCCCUGAUCCUGGACUCGGUGCAUCUGGCCAAUGGGCGUGGUGCUGGCUGUGUCCCUGUGGGGCAGAACAACGCCUUUGUCCUGUUCCGGUUCCCACUGUCUGCCUGUGGCACGACUUUCCAGAUGGCUGGAGACCAGGGUGUAUAUGAGAAUGAGCUGGUGGCAUCCAGGGAUGUGAGAACCUGGAGUCUGGGCUCCAUCACCCGGGAUAGUACUUUCAGGUUACAGGUCCGCUGCAGCUACUCCAUCAGUGGAAACUUCCUCCCCCUGAGUGUCCAGGUUUUCACCCUGCCCCCACCCCCAGGUGUGUCCCAGCCUGGUCCCCUGGUGCUGGAGCUGCGCAUUGCCACAGAGCAGAGUUAUGGCUUCUUCUAUGAAGACCGAGAUUACCCUGUGGUGAAGCUUCUGCAGGACCCCAUCUACGUGGAGGUCCGGAUCCUGCAGAGAACUGACCCAGAUCUGGUUCUGGUCCUGCACCAGUGCUGGGCCACCCCCAGCACCAACCCCCAGCAGCAGCCACAGUGGCCUAUCCUGGUGGAUGGGUGCCCAUACACAGGAGACAAUUACCGCACCCAGCUGGUGCCUGUGGGAGCCACCUUAGGGCUGCAGUUCCCAUCUCAUCACCAGCGCUUCAUCAUCCGAACCUUCACCUUCAUGGAGUCUGCCUCCCAGCGGGUGCUCACAGGGCCGGUGUACCUGCACUGCAGCGCCUCAGUGUGCCAGCCUUCCAGGCUGGAGCCCUGCACCCUCUCCUGCCCUGCUGGAGCCCGGGGCAAGAGGAGCUCUGAGCAGCACCUUCAAGAUGGGCUGUCCCACAUCACCAGCCAGGGGCCUGUGUUUCUCCUCCAGGCCAGGCAGAAGAGGGAAGUGUCUCCAGAACUUGGAUCAUCAAGGAACACUGGAGCAGCCUGGAUCUUGGCCUUAGCUGGUGUGGUGCUGAUGGGGGCACUGUGUGUGAUGCUCAUGGCCAUCAUGCAGGGCAGAUGGAGGAAACAGAGCCUGUGAGAUCCAUGUGAUACAAUAAACAUUAUUGCAAGCA